CUCAGCGCGCUGCGUCCGGUCUGAUUAAGCCCGGUGACGUCGCCGUGGUAACACAGACGGUUCUGGAGACGCUCCACCUGGUCCAGGGAAACCAGACCCAGGAUCUGGGUUCUGUGAAACUAAAGUUCUGGGUUCUAUGACCCUCUUUGACCCUCUUUGACCCUCACACUCACUCUGACCAGUGCGACGCAGAUGGUUGUUCUCUGGGAACCCGGUUUGGGUCUCAGAGGGUCCGGUUCCCCCUGUUCCCUGGGAACAUCUUAACAGAAGGGGGCGUGGUUAUCAGACCUGAUUCAUCUUGUUAAUAUGCAGCUGUAACCGAUAAAGUUUUGACUUUUUGUUUGAUUGCUAAAUCGGCCCCGUUUCCACCUGUAGGCUCCCAUAAAAGCUCUGCUUAAGGUAAAGGUGGUUCCUCAGUGUUCCCUCAGCGUUCCCUCAGCGUUCCCUCAAUGUUUCCUCAGCGUUCCCUCAGUGUUCCCUCAGCGUUCCCACUGAGCAGAGGGUGUAAACGUUCCCUUAUUGUUCCCUCAGCGUUCCCUCAGCGUUCCCACUGAGCAGAGGGUGUAAAGUUCCCUCAGUGUUCCCUCAGCGUUCCCUCAGUGUUCCCUCAAUGUUCCCUCAGCGUUCCUAUUAAGCAGAGGGUGUAAAUGUUCCCUCAGCGUUCCCUCAGUGUUCCCUCAGCGUUCCUAUUGAGCAGAGGGUGUAAACGUUCCCUCAGCGUUCCCUCAAUGUUCCCACUGAGCAGACGGUGUAAGUGUUCCCUUAUUGUUCCCUCAGCGUUCCCACUGAGCAGAGGGGGUAAAUGGUUCCGAGGGAAACAUCACGUCUGUUUACGUCAGUAGUCAGAAUAAAACCGGUUCUGUGUUCUGAGGCCGGCGGUGGUCGGGUGAAGCUCACUGGAAAUGAAGUUGUUUUCUGAACGAGGCGGAUGGUUCCUGCUGACCGGUAUGUGGAACCCGUCCAUCUGGACACUGGUUCUGAUCGUGUCAUGAACACAAGUCCAGAGUUUACUGUGAGGGCAGCUCAGGUACUGCUGACUGGACCUGCAGCAGGUGUUCUCUGAUGGGCGGCGCCUUGAAGGGUGGCGUGCUGCUUGUGAACAGCGAGGAUCAAAGCUGGUUCCGGCGCCAGCCGUGUGGACCUGAGGCCCGGAUAGUUAACCUCAGACAUGCUUAUCACCCUGGUAGUUCCCCUGUCAUCCAGCAGAGGGCGCCAUGACACAAGGUACUCUGUGUUCUGAUCCAUUUAGUAGAACAGCUUCAGAGGAGACGGCCCGCUGGUCCUAUGAGCCAGAACAGGGUCCAAAGCCAGCUGAUCAGUUCUCUGGUCUAUCUGGUCUGGGUUCUGAUAACCUGAUCUUCUGUUUGGUCUGUAGCUCCAGUUCUCACAGCCUGGUUCCUAACAAGCUCAGGUUCUGUUGCAUCUGGAGGUGCUGAGGUCCUCUAGGCAAACAAAACCAAACACUAGGACAUCUGACCACACCUGUACCAGAACCGGACUUGGUACCUGAGAAGUCCGGGUUCCCAGUGCAGCUGGUGCCCGUCUGCAGGCGGCGCCCUGGACGGUUCUCCGCUGGACAGCCAGGUUCUUCUGGGUCAGCAGUGGUGUAGAUGCUGGAGGCCAGGCAUGGACCACGUGACUCGGCGCCUUGCUGCAAACCUUCUGCAGGCAGUUUGGGUUUUAUCACCGUCUCCUCUUUGGCCACUCCCCCUUUUAUCAUGUCCAGCUGGACCCGUCGGAACAUGUAGAACCUCCUUCUCCUAGUUUGUGCUAAACGGCAUCUGCUCUCAGCUCCACAUUUCCAUCGCCAGACGAGGAAACAAAGAUCAGAGGUUAGCCUGGCAGCAACGAUCAGCACAAGAUUGUUGGAAACAGAGACCCGUUUGUGUUCUGGUCGGCCCGUUUGCCUCUGAGUCACUGCCUGAGAAUCUGCUGCAUCCCUCCAGACAGAGCUUCAAGUGUCCUGGAAACGUUCCAGGCCCCAUGUUGGGUCCUCCGUCCGGGUCACAUGGUGCGUUGGUACCAAGGUUCUGGUCACAUGGUGCGUUGGUACCAAGGUUCUGGUCACAUGGUGCGUUGGUACCAUGGUUCUGGUCACAUGUUGGGUCCUCCGUCCGGGUCACACGGUGCGUUGGUACCAAGGUUCUGGUCCCAUGUUGGGUCCUCCGUCCGGGUCACACGGUGCGUUGGUACCAUGGUUCUGGUCACAUGGUGCGUUGGUACCAAGGUUCUGGUCACAUGGUGCGUUGGUACCAUGGUUCUGGUCACAUGUUGGGUCCUCCGUCCGGGUCACAUGGUGCGUUGGUACCAAGGUUCUGGUCACAUGGUGCCUUGGUACCAAGGUUCUGGUCACAUGGUGCGUUGGUACCAUGGUUCUGGUCACAUGUUGGGUCCUCCGUCCGGGUCACAUGGUGCGUUGGUACCAAGGUUCUGGUCACAUGGUGCGUUGGUACCAAGGUUCUGGUCACAUGGUGCGUUGGUACCAAGGUUCUGGUCACAUGGUGUGUUGGUACCAAGGUUCUGGUCACAUGGUGCGUUGGUACCAUGGUUCUGGUCACAUGGUGCGUUGGUACCAAGGUUCUGGUCCCAUGUUGGGUCCUCCGUCCGGGUCACACGGUGCGUUGGUACCAUGGUUCUGGUCACAUGGUGCGUUGGUACCAAGGUUCUGGUCACAUGGUGCGUUGGUACCAAGGUUCUGGUCCCAUGUUGGGUCCUCCGUCCGGGUCACAUGGUGCGUUGGUACCAAGGUUCUGGUCACAUGGUGCGUUGGUACCAUGGUUCUGGUCACAUGGUGCGUUGGUACCAUGGUUCUGGUCACAUGGUGCGUUGGUACCAAGGUUCUGGUCACAUGGUGCGUUGGUACCAAGGUUCUGGUCACACGGUGUGUUGGUACCAUGGUUCUGGUCACAUGGUGCGUUGGUACCAAGGUUCUGGUCCCAUGUUGGGUCCUCCGUCCGGGUCACACGGUGCGUUGGUACCAUGGUUCUGGUCACAUGGUGCGUUGGUACCAAGGUUCUGGUCACAUGGUGCGUUGGUACCAAGGUUCUGGUCACAUGUUGGGUCCUCCGUCCGGGUCACACGGUGCGUUGGUACCAUGGUUCUGGUCACAUGGUGCGUUGGUACCAAGGUUCUGGUCACACGGUGUGUUGGUACCAUGGUUCUGGUCACAUGGUGCGUUGGUACCAAGGUUCUGGUCACAUGGUGCGUUGGUACCAAGGUUCUGGUCACAUGUUGGGUCCUCCGUCCGGGUCACAUGGUGCGUUGGUACCAAGGUUCUGGUCACAUGGUGCGUUGGUACCAUGGUUCUGGUCACACGGUGUGUUGGUACCAUGGUUCUGGUCACAUGUUGGGUCCUCCGUCCGGGUCACAUGGUGCGUUGGUACCAAGGUUCUGGUCACAUGGUGCGUUGGUACCAUGGUUCUGGUCACACGGUGCGUUGGUACCAUGGUUCUGGUCACAUGGUGCGUUGGUACCAAGGUUCUGGUCACAUGGUGCGUUGGUACCAUGGUUCUGGUCCCAUGUUGGGUCCUCCGUCCGGGUCACAUGGUGCGUUGGUACCAAGGUUCUGGUCACACGGUGCGUUGGUACCAUGGUUCUGGUCACAUGGUGCGUUGGUACCAUGGUUCUGGUCCCAUGUUGGGUCCUCCGUCCGGGUCACAUGGUGCGUUGGUACCAAGGUUCUGGUCACAUGGUGCGUUGGUACCAUGGUUCUGGUCCCAUGUUGGGUCCUCCGUCCGGGUCACAUGGUGCGUUGGUACCAAGGUUCUGGUCACAUGGUGCGUUGGUACCAAGGUUCUGGUCCCAUGUUGGGUCCUCUGUCCGGGUCACAUGGUGCGUUGGUACCAAAGUUCUGGUCACAUGGUGUGUUGGUACCAAGGUUCUGGUCACAUGCUGCGUUGGUACCAAGGUUCUGGUCACACGGUGCAUUGGUACCAAGGUUCUGGUCACAUGUUGGGUCCUCUGUCUGGGUCACAUGGUGCGUUGGUACCAAGGUUCUGGUCACAUGUUGGGUUCUCUGUCCGGGUCACAUGGUGUGUUGGUACCAAGGUUCUGGUCACAUGGUGCGUUGGUACCAUGGUUCUGGUCACAUGUUGGGUCCUCUGUCUGGGUCACAUGGUGCGUUGGUACCAAGGUUCUGGUCACAUGUUGGGUCCUCUGUCUGGGUCACAUGGUGCGUUGGUACCAAGGUUCUGGUCACAUGUUGGGUUCUCUGUCCGGGUCACAUGGUGUGUUGGUACCAAGGUUCUGGUCACAUGUUGGGUUCUCUGUCCGGGUCACAUGGUGUGUUGGUACCAAGGUUCUGGUCACAUGUUGGGUUCUCUGUCCGGGUCACAUGGUGCGUUGGUACCAAGGUUCUGGUCACAUGGUGCGUUGGUACCAAGGUUCUGGUCACAUGGUGCGUUGGUACCAAGAUUCUGGUCCCAUGGUGUGUUGGUACCAAGGUUCUGGUCCCACGGUGCGUUGGUACCAUGGUUCUGGGUACAGGGUUCUGCUCACAUGACGGGUUCUGUCUU